UGGAGGCUGUGAUGCCGACAGAUGCCGACAGGGGGCGCUGUCUGCGCGUGUGCGUCACACGAAGGAGAGGAUCCAACAUGGCGUCGUCAACAACUGUACAGCUGCUGUUUUGUUUAGCAUCAUUUUCUUUGCAAAUCAGCUCGUCCAGACUUUUAUCUGAGCCUUGUUACAAACCAAUCAAAGACGGCAGACCAGACUCUGUCAAGACAGGGGCCCGCCCCCAUGAGUAUGUAAAGGUGUCAGACCUUCCUCCGUCCUGGGACUGGAGGAAUAUCAAGGGGAAGAAUUAUGUGAGCGUCACACGGAACCAGCACAUCCCCCAGUACUGUGGGUCCUGCUGGGCCAUGGGCGCUACCAGCGCAAUGGCUGACCGAAUCAACAUCAAGCGUGGAGGAGUGUGGCCAUCGGCUUAUCUGUCAGUCCAAAACGUGAUAGACUGUGGGAGGGCGGGCUCUUGUUACGGAGGGGAUCACCUGAGAGUCUACGCCUACGCACACGAGAGAGGCAUUCCUGAUGAAACCUGCAACAACUACCAAGCCAAAAACCAAAAGUGUGAGCAGUUUAACCAGUGUGGCACCUGCUCCUUUUUUGAAUCGUGUGCUGUCGUGAAAAACUACACUAUGUGGAAAGUGGGCGACUAUGGAGAAGUUUCUGGAAGAGACCGGAUAAAAGCAGAAAUGUACACCAAUGGGCCCAUCAGUUGUGCCCUGAUGGCCACUGACGGCCUGGAGGAAUACUCUGGAGGGAUCUUCUCAGAGUUUCACCCCCUCUCUUUGCCAAAUCACAUUGUCUCUGUGGCUGGCUGGGAUGUGGCGGAGGACGGGACUGAGUACUGGAUUGUCAGAAACUCCUGGGGAGAGUUUUGGGGAGAACACGGCUGGGCAAGAAUUGUCACCAGUGCCUAUAAAGGAGGAAAAGGCAAUUGGUACAACCUGGGUAUUGAGAAAAACUGUGCAUAUGGAGACCCUGUUGUAACAUAGCAGCCUAAAUAAACUGAUAGAAAGACU